AGUCACCUUAGUUAGAAAAUGACAUUAGCAGCUAUGAGGGAUGUUGUCAUUUUGAGAGAAAUGAGUUUAAAACGCAAAAAUGAAAACUUCCAAAAAUGUGCCAACCUUCUAUUGUCUUAGGUAUAGCCCUGAACUAUACCUUAUUUUGCAGCUCUUAGUGCACAGCAUAAUGUGCAGUACGUCUUGCAUCCCAUGUACAUCUCAAAAAUGAAAUUGGAAAAUUGUGUGGGUGGUCAACCAUAUGCUAGAUAGGAGGGGGUCACAAUUUUAUGACUUCAAUGAGCAAAUUUUUGCAAGACAAUUCUUGUGGCAAAAAUUCAUUGAAAUUGAUGAAAUAUUCACAAAGUUAUGACGUUGUGUGCCAAUUGGCUUUCUUGGGGCAUAAAGGGUUAAAUAAUAAUAAUCUCUUUCCUUUGCAGGUGGACGCCGUCUACGAGAAUUCAGAACUGGCGUCAAUAUACCAAGGAUGCGAAGUCCAAGGAUUUAGACCAGGCAGUGUUAUUGCUGAUUUUGUGAUCAAUUUUCAACAAACUGCUAAUGAAACCGUGUUACCAACUGCGAAUAAGAUCUUUAAUCAGAGCGUCACUAACUCCCAGAAUGGAUCGCUCCUGGGGGAUUUGCAAGUUGAUCCAUCUUCUGUUGUUGUUGGGGAUCGUGACGAGUGUCAAGACCCCAGCACUAAUGACUGUGAUGAAAAUGCCAAUUGUGAAAACAAUGUGGGAUCAUUUGAAUGUUCUUGUAAGCAAGGGUUCACAGGAAAUGGAGAAACAUGCCAAGACAUUGAUGAAUGUAAAAAUGCCUCCCUGCACAACUGCAGCAUUUCUACUCCUGGAGUCGCGUGUCUCAACACACCCGGAGGAUUCCAGUGCACGUGCAAGUCAGGCUAUUUUGGGAAUGGAGUCACGUGUAACGUGAGCAACCACUGUUUGGCGGGAACAGAUAACUGCCAUCCGAACGCCACCUGCACCCCCUUACCAGGCCCCACAUUCAAAUGCGCGUGCAAAGAAGAAAGGAAUUACUUUGGAAAUGGAACACACUGCUUUGUUGGAUGUCCUGUUAAUCAUUGUGAAAAUGGAGGAACUUGUAUUAUCUCCACAGUUGGAAACAUUUGCAAAUGUCCACGAGAUUUCUAUGGUGACCGCUGUGAAGAAGGCGGAGAACCGACCGAGGUGCCUGGAGUUGGUUCAGAUGACAUGAUGAUGAUUCUCGUGGUGGCUUUCGCCUCAUUAUGUGGGACAUUAUUACUGGUUCUUUUGGUCACUGUUUUUUGCUACUGUAGACGGAGAACACGCCAAGAAUUCAAUUCAGAUUUGAACCGCUCUGUCAGACCUCGAAACUAUCGUCCGGCUAGAAAAUCUGGCGUCGUUCAUCUGGAAACAAUCGACGAAGACUUCACUGUUCCCGGGAGAAGGCUUAGAGCCACGGUUCCCUCUUCCGCAUCAUUCCGCGAAGUCAGCAGUGGUCUGGGAGCGGCUAACCGUGCCAUGGAACAGCUAUCAAGAGUGGGUCAACAACAGCCCCAGUCCAGACAGGCGAAGAGACUCCGCGGUAACUUGGAACCCACUCACGACCAAUUGGUCUUUGACGACUUGCUCGAAAAUAUCGAAUCGCGGGCUGACUAUAGGGCUGGUACCGAUAGGUCUGCCAAGAAUAAUAACUUGUACGACGAGCGUUAAGCAUUUUGAGUUAUCCAAAUGUUUGUCAUUUAACGGCUAUAUGUACUGUUACUGUAAGUAUCUUGUUAGUUAAUCUAGGCUAUGGACACAUCAAGAAUAACAACCUUAUUGAAUUUUCAUAGAAAAAGUACCGUAAUUAAUAUUUAGUACAAAUGUAGCUCUAAGUGGGUAGCGACAAAUUAUUGCUGAAUUCGCAUAUUUACGUGCUUUCAUAACAUGUCAUUUCAUGUGUUACUUCGCGAGAAGCUCAAUUUAUGACAAAUAGAAAUAAUAAUUAUGUGAAUAGUGCAAGAAAAGCUAUUUUUGUAAUGUUGAUAAACAUAACUCUCUGGAAGAGUUUCGAGUGUUUAAAGCUCCAAAGAUAGAGACAAUUGCUUCAUCAGUUUAACUUUGAUAAGAGUUACGAAAUGUGCGUUAUUUUUUAGGUAGAAAUAUCUUGAUUUAGCAAAUUUGACACGUGUAUUGGUAGAAUAGUUAGCAAUGCGACAGAUAUUGGAGUUCUGUUGUGGAUUUUUCACAGAAACAAAUUGUAUUUUUGUAACUUAAUUGCGUUUCAUGGCGGCAUUGUUGGCUGAACACGAUAAAAAUGUAACACAUUUUGCGAUUAAAAUCUAGUUUGCAUUCAGUUUUUGAGAGUUGAGUUCUCUUCUAAACGCUAUGAUCAAGGGUAUUUGUAAACUGUUAUCGAUUGUAUCCCUUCAAUAGCAGUCUUUAUUAUAUCUCUCAGU